UAAAUCUUAAAUCAAUUUUUUUAACAUCGUAAACAUAAUAUUUCUACAUAUUAUUUUAAAAUCAGAUCACAGAUGAGAUUAAAUAACAAAAGAUCAACAAUGUUAUGUCAUACAUAAAGAAAUUAAGUAAAGGGAGUACUAAAUAAAUUUAUCCCAUGGUUACAUAGGUACUUUUUCAUAAAAAAUUUAAGUUUUUAAAAUGUACUCCCCGAGACAGAAGAUAUUAUGGUUUGCAUUUAAUACCAGAAUUUUUAUAAUUUUGCUGCAAGCUGCCUCCAAUGCUGUUAUUCCAGAUCAUGAUGCAAAUGUAUUUAUUAGUCCAGUAGACCCAACAUUAAGAAAAACAACUGCAGAUUUUUUAAUAGAAAAGAUUUUUGGAGGAUUAAAAAGAUGGGAUGGUCAGUAUUUCAUUCAUAUUUCCCAAUAUGGAUAUACAUAUGAAAACUGUUUAGCAUUUUUUCCAUUAUUUCCAUUAAUUGUAAGACAUCUUGCCAACCUUAUUAAUAGCAUAUCAAACAGCUUUCUGAACUAUCAUAGUAACUUGUUAAUAUCAGCAACUUUGAUUAACAUUGUGUUUUUUAUAAAAUCAGCUGAUGUAUUACAUAGAUUAAGUCUUAGGGUACUUAAAAGUGAAAGCAAGGCAUACAAAUCAGUGAUUCUGUAUUGUGUUAAUCCAGCCAGUAUAUUUUUUGUUGCUCCAUAUUCUGAAUCAUUGUUUGCUUUUAUGUCAUUUUAUACUAUGUUAAAGUGUACUGAACCAGAGACUUUAAGGUUUGCUAAUAUUGAUAUGAUCACUGCUAUACCUGCUGGGUUUUCCAUGAUUACAAGAUCUAAUGGCUCCUUGAACUUAGGAUUUAUAUUUUAUACCAGUUUUAAGAAUACAAUUGAGAGAACAAUACCUGAAAUAAUGUAUAAAUAUAGAACAUUGAAAAAUAAAAUAAUUAUUCCUGCAUUAAUGUUACCAUUACUUACAUCAGCUUUGGCACUUUUCAUGACCACAAUUGUAGCUAUCAUGCCAUUUGUGUUGGUUCAAGCCUAUAAUUACUUUAAGUUUUGCAUUGUAAUGGAAAAUACUUUACCAGAAUUUUUGUUGAAUGCAGAGUUUGUCUUACCAGGUAGUGCAGAAAGUCCAUGGUGUAAUAAAACAUUGCCCUUUUCAUAUUCUUACAUUCAAAGCCAUUAUUGGAAUGUAGGGUUAUUCAAAUACUAUCAAAUUAAACAGUUACCAAAUUUUAUAUUGGCACUGCCUGUAUUAGUUCUAAUUUUAUAUAAUUGUUUGAGUUAUGUUAAAAAUAAUAUAAGAUUAUUUAUAAGGCUUGGAUUAAAAGAAAAUAUAUCAUACUUUGGGUAUACAACUAAGAUUAGUUGUAGGCCUAAGCAAUAUUCUAAAGGUUUUGGGACCAAUGACGCAGUAUAUUUUGUGUAUGUGGUGCAUGUAAUGUUUUUAGCAAUCUUUAGUAUAAUGUUUGUUCACAUACAAGUUACGACAAGGCUUUUAGCAUCUGGAAGUCCCGUCUUGUAUUGGAUAUGCUCAAAUAAAAUUAAUGUAGGCCCUACACCAACAUCUGAUCAGAACACAAUUAAUGAGCAUUUCAGAAGAAUUGGGAUGGGAAAGAGGAUACCAUCACACCAUUUAUCUAUUGCCAAUUUGGAGGGUGUCGAUAACAUGUACAGUAAAUGGAAAACUUUUAUUAUAACCCGGAGGAUGCCUGACCUUCAGUCUCGCUUCAUACAAUGUUAUUUUAUUGGUUAUGUAGUAAUUGGUACUGUACUGUUUUGUAAUUUCUUACCUUGGACUUGAUUAUCUGAUCAAAGCUUUAUAUGGUCACAUAUCAUUGUCAAACAUAUUCAUAUCAUUUUUUAUUAUAAGAACAUUGAAUAGAUUAUAAAUAGAAUAUGUCAAUUUAUUAAAAUUUUGCUUAAAAUUCAAUAAUGCAUGGGGCCUUUAAAAUUUGUCCAUUUUCAAGUGUAGAGCUUGGAAAUUUUAAAAUGUUUUAACAUAGCACAAUGCAGCCUUUUACAUUGUAUGUACAAUAAGAAUUUAGUAAAUCUAGUCAAUAAUAGUUAUACAAAUGCUAGGGAAAUUUAAUUAUUUAUGAUGUUAUAAGCUUAGGUAAGAAAUUGAUCUCAUUUUGAUAGUAAUGAAUAGGUAUCUGCAUUUUAAAAUCGUUUCUCAUUUAUAUUUAAUAACAUGCAAUACACUAAGGUAGACAAACCAAUAAAAAAGCAUUACUAUCAAUGGAAACUUAAAUGAAGCUAAGUACCAUAAUAUUGGGAAAAAGUUACUCCAUAUUAACUAAUAUCUGUAUAAGUUAAUCUAGAGUAACUUAAAUUUGCAUUUUGCAUGCAUAUAAGUACACACACCUAAAUAAGUAUAGCUGAAAACAGUUAUGAUAACCGUCCAUUCAGCAAUAAAAAUAGUCAUACAAACUAUAAUGUGUGCUAUUUAUUAAAAUGUUUGCUUUGGUAAAAUAAAUUUAGGAUGUUUGACAUAUGCAGAUUUAUAACAUGUUUGUUAAAUAUUUUGAAACCAUCAUAACCACAAUAUGUUUAACAGUACAUAAAGUGAUUAAAUAA